AAUGGGUGAAAGUAAUUUUGACAGCUAAACAAGUGAAAAAAAUUGUUCUAUGGAGAAAAACUUGAAAUAAAUUGUUAAAAAUUGCGGGAAAAGUGAUAAAAAUAGUUUUUAUUGAUAGAUAGAGUUUCAGGCAAUGGAAUACGCGUGUUGGAUUGCAGGGAUAGAGUGUACUUUCGCGGAAAAUUGAGUGAAAAAGUGAUAGCGUCGCCUCCUUGACGAUUCAGGCCAUUUCCUUGUGUUUCCGGGGAGAUGGCUGCGUGGAAUCCAGCCUGGCAGGCACAGUUUGCCUCUGUGCAGAAUAUUAAUGAGGUAAUGUACAAUGCAAUGACCCCAGAGCAGAAGCAGCAGAUCCAGCAGAAUUGGCAACAGUGGCAAUCGUAUCAGGAGCAAUAUGCUCAGUGGCAUGCUCAGUAUGGGGCUCAGUAUGAGAAGGAGAUGCAGAAGCAGAAGCAGAUGCAACAGAAACCACCAGCUCCGGUGCCUCGGCCACAAGGUAGAGGUGUCCAACAGGUGCAAAUGAUGAUGCAGGCACAGCAAAUCCCCACACUUGCUUCGGUUACCUAUCCGGGCUUCCAGCAGCCUGUGCAGUUUCAGAGUCCUGUUGUCUACCCUCAAGCCCACCCUCCGCCACAGCACCAGCCACCAGCUCAGCCUCCUCCUCCGCCUCCGCCGCCACCGGAUAACACUUCCCUGCCUCCGCCUCCGCCGCCUGAGGAGCAGACUUCGCAGGCUGGUGGGCAGCACGUGCAACAUAGUAAUUUCGGUGGACAGGGACAGUUUCAACCUGGUCAGGACUGGGUUAAAGGGCCGAAGAAUCCCUUCAUGCAGCACAAUCCGCAGCAGCAGAAGAAUCAAUUCAUGCAGCAGAAUCCCAAUCAACAAAAUCAGCCCAAUCAGCAGAAAAAUCAAUGGAACAAAGGGAAUCAGAUGAAUAGGGGAAAUCCCAGGCAGCAAAUGAACCAGGGUAACCAGGGCAAUCAAGGAAAUCAGAGAAAUCAAGGAAACCAGGGAAAUCAAGGAAAUCAGAGAAAUCAAGGAAACCAGCGCAAUCAGAAGGGAUUCCAGAAAAAUCAAGGAAAUCCUGGAUUCCAGAAAAAUCAGAAUAAUCCUGGGUUUCAGGCUCAGCAAAAUAAUCCAGGGUUCCAGAAUAAUCAGAACAAUCCAGGAUUCCAGAAGAACCAGAAUAAUCCUGGAUUCCAGAAUAAUCAGAAUAGCCCGGGAUUCCAGAAGAACCAGAAUAAUCCCGGAUUCCAGAAUAAUCAGAACAAUCCGGGACUCCAGAAGAACCAGAACAAUCCUGGAUUUCAGAAAAAUCAAGGGAAUCCUGGCUUCCAGAAGAAUCAGAAUGCGGGAUUCCAGAAAAAUCAGAAUAAUCCAGGAUUCCAGAGAAAUCAGAAUCAAGGAAACCAGAAAAAUCAGAUGAAUCCGGGAUUCCAGAGGAAUCAAAACAGCCCGGGAUUUCAGAAGAAUCAGAAUAAUCCUGGCUUCCAGAAAAAUCAGAAUAAUCCUGGCUUUCAGAAGAAUCAGGGUAAUCCCGGCUUUCAGAAGAAUCAGGGAAAUCCUGGUCAGCAGAGGAAUCAGAUGAAUCAGAAUCAGGGUAAUCAGAAUCCCCAGAAUCAGAGAAAUCAGUUCAACCAGGGCAGAAAUCAGAGGAAUCCCCGGCAGAAUCAGCAAAUGAAUAAGUUCCAAGGGCCAGGACCGAUGAAUCAGCAGAACAACCAAUUCAAUCAGCGUCAGCAGAAUUUUGGCCAGAAUCAGCAGCAAUGGAAUCAACAGCAGAAUUGGGGUCAGCAGAAUAGGCAACAGGGCAACAAUUGGAAUAGGAAUCAAGGUCCUCCGCCGUUGAUGGGUCAAUCCUGGGGCAAUCCAGACAAUUCCUUCGAAGGAGGACAUCAGGAUGAAUAUCAGGAGGAAGAGUAUUAUGAGGAUUAUCCGGAGGGUGAGUACAGCCAUUACGAAGAAGAGUACAAUGAAGAAGAAGAGUUCACUCAACAACAACAACAACAACAACAACAAAAACAAGAAACGCCUCAAAAGCCACAAAAGGCACCUGAUGAGCGAUUCUACGAAGAUAAUUUUGAUGAAGUACCUCAGACAUCCUCCCAAGUGGAUGCUGCUGGACCUUCAACAAAAAUCCCACCUCCUGAAUCCACCAGCACAAAAGAAGAUACUCCUCCGAAGAAGGAAGCCGAAAAGGAUGAGGAUGAACUGCGAUUUGAUGAGCAGUUCAAAAAGUGGGAGGAACAAUUCUUGAAUUGGAAGAAACAGAAUCAGAAUCAUCCUGAUCGUAGGGCAUACAGGGAGUAUGAGAUGAAGUUUGAGGAAUGCAGGAAGAAUUUACUAGAGCGUCGGGAGCAGAUGAGACGUCGAAAGAUGCAGGAGAAGUUGCAAGCGAUCAGAGCUGAAGAAAGUGCUCAAGAGGAUGCUCAAGCAAAGGAUGUGGAAAAGAAGGCUGAAGAUGUUCCCAAGGAUGUUGUUCAGGAAGAAAAAACAACUCCAGAAGAGUCUCAGGCAGCAGCUCCUGUUGAAUCAGAGCCUCUUCCUCAGAAACAAUUGGAGAACUUGACGAAUCUCUUUAAUGCCAAUUCAGGAUCAAUUCCUGGCUUAGAUUUGGUGACUCACGAGGAAAAGGCAGGCCAGGAGGAAGCUAGAGAAAGUUCAGAAACUGUCAAUUUGUUGGCCGGAACGCUUGGCGAAUUGAAUAGAGGAGCUAAUUUGGCAGAAAUUUCCAGGAAUAUUUCAUCCUUGCUCAAAACUCCAAAUCUCAUGGAUAUCCUGUCAUUGGUGAAGGGAACAUCCAAGGAACAAAGUACUGUUGAACAUGCUCCUCUUGAGAAGCCCAAUCUUGACCCUUGGGUGGACAUGAAUGAUCCCUGGGCGGACAUUGGUGCGGGAAGGAGUCAGGAACGCCAGGAAGAGAGAUAUCUGGAAAGAAAUUUUGACGACAGACGCAUUCCUGAAGAUUUUGGCCAUGAACGUGGGUAUCCAGAUAAAUACAGAGAUAACUAUCGGGAUAAUAUGUCAGAUCGCAGAUUUCCGGAAAACUUUCCUGAACGCAGAUUUCCGGAAGACUUUCCAGAUCGUAGAUUUCCUGACAGACGAUUUCCCGAUGAAUAUCCGGAUCGCAGAUUUCCUGAUGAAUUUCCAGAUCGAAGAUUUCCUGAUGAAUUUCCGGAUCGGAGAUUUCCGGAAAAUUUUCCAGAUCGAAGAUACCCAGAAAACUUGCAGGAUCGAAGGUAUCCAGAAAGCCUGCAAGAAAGAAGAUUUCCGGAAAAUCUUCCGGAACGUAGAUAUCCUGACGAUUAUCCAGAUCGUAGAUUUCCGGAACAAUUCGGCAUGGGCGAUCGUGGGAGGAUGUAUGAUGAUUACAGUGCGGCACGAAGAUAUCCGGAUCGUGGGAUAAGUCGAAUGGAUGAGGACAGUAUGAGCCAGCAGAGUGGGAAUUGGAUGAGAAAUUACGGAGAUCGCAUGAACGACUUUGAUAAUAGUCGUAGUUCUUUCUCUAAUGUCAAUUAUGAUGAUUCUGGAGAUAUAUUCCGGCCGACACAGGUUAUUGACUACCAGAAUAUGUCCAGGGAUCGUGCUUCUGUGGAUCCCUUAAAGGAUCCUCUGGCCAAGAAAUGGCCAGAAGAUGAUAUUCUAAGGCCGGCUAAGGUUGUUGAUUAUGGCCACAAGAAGGUCGAUGCAGCUCCUGCAGAAGUUCCCGUGAUCACAACAAUUGAUUAUGGACAUGGAACGGCUCUGGCGAAGAAGAAAAAGCCAGAAGUUCUGAGGCAUCACCUGUCCAAGAAGCAGAUGAAGAGGAUUGAUGUUGAAGCCAUAAUUGAAGCGGCCAAGAAGAGACGAAAGGCCAGAAUUGAGAAGAUGAAGGUGAUUGAGCAGAGCAAUCCGGAUUAUCCUAAGAAAGGAUGGAUUCUCAUUGGAGAGAAACCGACGUUUCCCACAUUUCCCACCAAGAGAGGUCUCCGGAAGACACGAAGUGGGCGAAUUCAGUUGCCGAAAGCCGAGAGACGAAGGCGAGCAGAAGAGGCCAUCAAGCUGCAGUACGAAGGGAUCUCUGAUUCGGAAGAUGACGAUGUUCAGGAAAUCGGAGGACUUCCGUCAGAAGUCGUGCAGAUUUCUGACGAUGACAUGGAUGAUUUAAACGAAUCCCUACCCGAUGUUGAUGAUAAUCCUGACAAUCAGAUGAGUGAUACGUCCCUUCCGGAUGCCGAGGAAUUUGAUUUUCCUUCGGCUGACAAAUUUUUGAGUGAGAAAUCAGCAAAGAGAAAAGCAGAAGAGGAAAGUAAGGCAAAUGCAGAAAAAAGGCGCAGAGAGGAAGAUAUCUUCCCCGAAAUUGAAGAGAAGAAGAGCAAAGAGGAAGAUAUCUUCCCAGAAGUCGAAAGGAAGAAGAAGAAAGAGGAAGAUAUCUUCUCUGAAGAAGAAGAGACUGGAUUUCAUGUGAAUAUCGGCGAUAUUCUCGAUCAUCCGCAUCGCAAGUUGCGACCUAAACGGAUAAUCAUGAUUAUGCGAGGGCCUCCGGGAAGUGGCAAGACGCACUUUGCCAAAUUGAUUAAGGACAGAGAAGUUGAGAAUGGAGGAUCAGCUCCAAGGAUUCUCAGCAUUGAUGACUACUACAUGACUGAAGAAGAGGAAAUGGUGAGGUGUCCGGAGACGAACAAAAUGAUUGAGAUGAAGAAGAUGGUGUACACUUAUGAAGAGGGCAUGGAGGAGCAGUAUACGCAGUAUCUGCUUAAGUCAUUCCGGAAGACCAUCACAGAUGGCUACUUUGAUUUCAUCAUUGUCGACUUCAACAAUAAGGAGUUGGCACCGCACCAGGAAAUUGUCAACUUUGGAAGGACCAAUGGAUUUACGAGUUAUACCUGCGAGAUGACUCUCAAUCUGGAAGUCUGCCUCCGAAGGAAUACUCAUGGCAGGUCGAAGGAAGAUAUUGAGGCAAUUUUGAAAGAUUGGCCAGAACUUCCAGAAAUUGCUUUAAAGAUCAGCCCUAAAUCUCUCGAAGCGCUCAAUAAGGAAGUUCAACAGAAGAAGCGACAGCAAGAAGACGAAGCAAAGGAAGGGCCUGAGGAGGAGUCAGCGGGAACUCAAGCUGAAACGACAGAAGAACCCGACAAGGAUGAAACUGAUGCUGCAGACGAGGCCACAGAGUUUGGAUUGUUGAAGAGUAAAUGGGAUUCGGAUCGCACUGAGGAACAACUAGCGCGUCUGGACGGCACGAGCAAACCACUGAGGCAUACCACCAUGGAGGACUUUCUGCAGGAUGCUGAUGAAUCGAUGAUUUUUGAGAAAGAUACAAAACCGGGUCAAAAGAGGGUUCGCUGGGCGGAUAUUGAGGAGCGCCGGGCACAGGAGAAGAUGCGUGCUAUUGGGUUUGUUGUUGGUCAGACAGAUUGGAGUCGGAUGAUGGAUCCCACACAGGGCAGUUCGGCACUCACGCAAACAAAGUACAUCGAGCGUCAUCCAAAAUGAUCCGGAUUGUAUUGAAUGUUAAAUUCAGCACGUAAUUUUUGCAGAAUCGAUCCACUAAAAAUAGUGGACAACUUAGUAAAAAAAAAAAGAAAAAUUACACUAUAAAACAUGUACUGAA